AUGAGUCAAGAAGCAAGAACCACGGCAAUCUUGCUACUUGCUCUACAAAAUAACCUAACUCCCCAACCAACUGCAUCAACUGCAUCCUCCAAUGCCGGACCGAAUCAAGAUGACCACCAGGACGAGGUCGAAGCAAGCCACGAGGGUUACAAAUCGAACAAGGGCUUCCGAGCCUACUUACGACAGAACAUCCGUGUCGUCUUACUAGAGGAAGACAUUGAAUGCUAUGGGUACAGGAGCUCUCAACGAUUGAAACCCUCCAAGACGCCUGUUGGUCGCAUGAUGUUCCGCAAGAUCAAUCAGCUCCCACACAAUCUCACGGGCCCCAGCGACGAACUCGAAAAGUUCAUCGCCGACCAGGUCAAGGCUGAAAGAACCUACUACGCACGACUGCUCAAGGUCGGAGUUGGUUCCGACACCAAACCAACAGCAGUUCUGAGGGCCAAGAUUCGUAUCUCGUACUUGCGGUUCAUGGUGAACCUUCACCGACUCAAUCUCGCCGACAAGCUAAAAGGGAAAACAGUUUCCUUUUGGGACGAUAUAGAUGAAGAUCUCAAACGAUUGAGACAAAAAUCCCCGGCCUACGGAAUAGCUUAUAACCAACUCGUCUUCGACAUCGAUCAACGACUCUGGGACGACUCGAAAACGGUCGAUGAUGUGCCUGAAGCUGACCAGCGACCCCCAUCGGACCAGCAGGUGAUUGCAAAGAUCAAUUCGCUGACUGCCAACCCUGCUGCACCACAGGUAACGCUGCAGGCCCCAGAAUGA